AUGACGACGUCGAAGCGCGUGGUGGAGCGCAAGAGCGCGCGGUUUCAGGGCAACAUCGCGCGGCGAGGGAGCGUGCCGGAGACGGUGGCGAAGAAGGGCGACAAGUACCCCGUCAGCACCAUCUUGGGCUCCUUCGCUUCUGCUCCUUACCUCCCAUGCCUUGCCUUCUUUUUUAUCUUGACUCAUCAGCUUCCCAGCCCGCUUCCCUCCUCCAUGCCACAAUUCCUCUGUGCUCUAUCCCGUAUUCAUCUCACCUCUCGUUGCUCCUACUUCCCGUUCCCCUGCAGCUCUCUUCCAAAUCAUCCGUAA